UCCCGAAAAUGGAAUGAACAAAUAUAAAACUUUGAAAAAGCUUCGUCGUUUGAAGUUUUGUUCUGACAAUAGUAAGAGAAUAUUGUGAGCUCCACUGCCAAUAUGCCUGAAGAGGAUCAAAGGCGCGCUACUGCGCUGACCACGUAUCGUAAAAAGCUAACCGAGCACAAGGAGAUAUCUGCCAAGCUAAAAAAUCUAAGAGAAGCGGAGAAGGAAUCCAAAGCAGACUUUGAGAAAAGUGAAGAUGAUCUGAAGGCAAUGCAGAGUGUUGGCCAGAUCGUUGGAGAAGUACUACGUCAACUAGGAGAGGACAAAUACAUUGUGAAAACUAGCAGUGGACCGCGUUACGUUGUAGGAUGCAGGACGAUGCUUGACAAGUCCAAGUUGAAGCCUGGAACUCGUGUUGCACUGGAUAUCACAACGUUAACUAUCAUGCGAUACCUGCCCAGAGAAGUAGAUCCCCUUGUGUACAAAAUGCAAGCCGAGGAUCCAGGAGACGUCAGCUACGCCAGUGUAGGUGGCUUGGCCGAGCAGAUUCGUGAGCUGCGUGAGGUCAUUGAGCUGCCUCUGCUGAACCCUGAGUUGUUCUUACGAGUAGGAAUUUCACCGCCAAAGGGCUGUUUGCUGUACGGACCGCCCGGUACUGGGAAAACCCUACUAGCGCGGGCUGUUGCUCGACAGCUGGAUGCUAAUUUCCUCCGUGUCGUGAGCAGUGCUAUCGUAGACAAAUACAUUGGAGAAUCUGCGCGUGUCAUUCGUGAAAUGUUUGCGUACGCGCGCGACCACCAGCCAUGCAUCAUCUUCAUGGACGAGAUUGACGCAAUCGGAGCGAGAAGAAUCAGCGAGGGUUCAUCGGCAGACCGAGAAAUUCAGCGCACGCUGAUGGAGCUGCUGAACCAGAUGGACGGCUUCGACAAACUGGGCCAGGUGAAAAUGAUCAUGGCUACGAACCGGCCGGACAUUCUCGACCCUGCCCUGCUGCGUCCAGGGCGGUUGGAUCGUAAGAUUGAAAUCAAGCUGCCCAAUGAACAAGCGCGCCUGGAAAUCCUGAAGAUCCAUGCCGGGCCCAUCACCAAGCACGGUGAAAUUGACUACGAAGCGGUUGUCAAGCUCAGUGACGAUUUCAACGGUGCCGAUCUGCGGAACGUCUGCACCGAGUCUGGCAUGUUCGCCAUCCGUGACGACCGUAGCUACGUGGUGCACGAGGACUUCAUGAAAGCAGUGCGCAAGGUCUCCGAGGCCAAGCGGCUGGAGAGCAAGCUAGACUACAAGCCAGUGUAAAUACGGUGUGAUCAUCGACUACCCAGGUGUGUGUGUGUGUGUACUGUGUACCCACAUGCCAUAUAGAAUGACUGCUUUCCGUUGCUUUACCUCCGGCCUCUCACGCUAACGUGCCUCCUUUCACUGUAUGUGCUGCUUAUUUGCUGAUUGUAUUGCCUGUUCAAGUUGUAUUCUGUUCGAGUUAUUUUUCAUUCUGCUCUCUGCUAUGAUUUUUUUAAGUAAGUUUUAUAUCCAUGCCCCCAUCAUUGCACAUAGUAAAGACAUUCUUAUGACCAUAUUUCUCUCUUUUCUCUGUUUGUUUUUACAUGCAGGCGCAAUGUGUACAUACAAUAGGCUCUCUCAUCGUUUUAAGGGGUCGUCCAUAAAUAUCAAACUUUUUUCAUAAAACGAAAUAAUUUCGUUAUGGGGUGGGAGGGGGUUGACCAAUUUCGUUUCAGAAAACAUUGAUUCAUGGACAUGGCCGUUGUAUAUGCAUGUAUGUCAACAUUUUUUACGUUCUGAGGGGGAGGGAGGGAGGGGUUGGGUCUAAACUAAAAUAAUUCGUUUGGUGAAAAAAGUUCGAUAUUUACGGACGACCCCUAAUGUAUUUCAAAAGUAAUUCGAAACGAAAACACUGUUCUACCCGCAAGAGGAGUUGUGUGAAAAGCAGCGCACUUGGUUAACUUGAUCAUUGCUAAAUAUUAGACUUAUCAUGUCAAUGUUAUCAAUUCUCCUUACAAUAAUAAAUCAAAAAAUUUGAGCGAGCAAAGAGAACUGUUUGUGUUCCUUCUGUCGAUCCCAGUGGCACAUUUGCCAAGAAGUGUGUGUUCGUCUAUCGUUGAAUACGCCGAGUGGCAUACCGCCCACGCAGAGGGCGACCCCAGCACAGAACCCAGGCUGGUGUGUUGCGCGGGGCCCAGCAUUCGCAUAGGGGACCACGUGCCGGUCAGCCAUGGGAUGGACUUGAAAUAGGGUCAGCAAAAAGGGAGGAAGUGCUGAUCAUUAUGAGCAUGUACUCUGUACACUAGUAUUAUCUGGCAGGCUAGCUACUUGAGAAAUGGGAGAUGCAGGAAGAAGUGAAAAUUCCAAAAGAGUGUGUGUGCGUGUCACUGUGUGUGUAUGGGGGGGGGGGGGGGGGCAGAGACAA